CGCACUUGAGUCGGCUGCCAGGAGCGGGCGAAGGAACGCCGUGGAAUCGGCGGAAUGCGAGAAAAGAGUCAAAGCCACGUGACACUUUGCGCCGGUCAACCGCCGUCGUCUUCUCGCGCUCUCCUCGUCUCAUUCGCAGCUUUCUCUCUCCCCGCGAUCAUAUCCACCGUCUCUUUUCCGUAACAUCACAUACAUUCACCAUAUACCAUGGCUUUAAAGCGCAUCAGCAAAGAGUUAUCAGAUCUUGGCCGGGACCCGCCCUCUUCGUGCUCUGCCGGUCCGAUUGGUGAGGAUCUGUUCCACUGGCAAGCUACUAUCAUGGGCCCCAGUGACUCGCCCUACAGUGGCGGUGUCUUCUUCCUCUCCAUCCAUUUCCCUACAGACUACCCUUUCAAGCCCCCCAAAGUGAGCUUCACAACCCGCAUCUACCACCCCAACAUCAACGGAAAUGGUAGCAUUUGCCUUGACAUCCUAAAGGAUCAGUGGUCGCCAGCGCUCACCAUAUCGAAGGUCCUGCUAUCGAUCUGCUCGAUGCUGACCGACCCCAACCCCGACGAUCCGCUAGUGCCUGAAAUCGCGCAUGUGUACAAAACCGACAGAGCCAAGUACGAGGCUACGGCUAGAGAAUGGACUCGGAAGUACGCUGUUUAGUAUAAUGCCUUAAUUUCAUGUCACAAUGGUUUUGUUUUUUUGCUUCACCUGCGCGGUAGCGUCUGCGUGCCUAGGCUACAUUAGUCGAUUCUUUAUAUAGAAGUUCCUUAUAUGUACUGAAUCAUCAAUAAUGGAUCAAUGAAACAUUUAAACUGUUUUUUGUUGUAGGCCGCACUGUUUAUCGUAUUUAUCUUCGGAC